CCCGCCCCUCCAUACCCAUGGUCUUACCUCCAAUAAUUUUCCUAAAAUUUUCACUUUCCCUCCGAUAUUAACUAAGUUUCCCUCGUUCUUCAAUUCGGUUUUCAAAAAUUAUCAUCAACACCUCCCCUAACCCUAAUUGAAUCACACACAUAGUUAUUUAUCAGCCACCAUCGGAGGAAAUAUGCACUUUCUCUUUUGAGAACUGUUUUUUUAUAUGCCAGAAGAGAUGAAGAGAUGAAGUAUUAAUUGGUAUGACCAGAUUCACUUCAGUAUGUUCCAUCUAUGCACAAAUGAUGGAUCCAAUAGUGACUCUAUUCGGAAGUGUUCACGAGAAACAGAACGAAACCGGAAGCAUGAUCUUCCCAAAUUUCGGAAGCAUGUUUCAUGGCGAUCAGCAUAAACCCGAUAACUGGGAUGUAGAGAGUAAUCACGAAAAUGGGAACUUAUCCGUGGACGAAACUAAUGAUAAUGUAAAAACCCCGUUGCUAUCGCUUAAUUCAACUAGUGUAGAUAAAGACAUGAUUGCUCCGGUUUCUAGGAGUAUGUUAAACACAGUUCAGCCUAGCGAGUCGAAUAGUGUGAUAGGGAUUGGUGGUGGGUGGCAGUUGGCGUAUACGAAGACCGAAGACGGGAAGAAAGCGGGCGGGUUGCAGCGGAUUUACUUGCACCAGGAGGGUGGUGCAGAAUCCAGACGCGGGUCCAUUGCUUCACUCCCGGUUGCAGACGACGGUGACGGGGUUCGGGCCUCGGCUCUUGUUAGUAGAUCAGUUCUUUGUUUAGAUAAUACGAUGGGUCAGAACCCGAUUCAGUCGGGUCUGAUCAAGCCGCAACCGUCUACUAAAGAUGUGAGGAGUUGGGCUGAUCUUUCCAAGCUGGUAUUAAACAAGCAUUGAUUGUUGGUGUUGGGAUUCAAAUACUACAACAGUUCACCUAUACGAGUAACGCGAUGCUGGUAUGAAGCAGGUUGAAUACUUGAAUUGCUUAAAGUUCUUUUUUUAUAGUUUGAUUGUUAUGAGAUAUAUUAGCUAGUCUACCUACAACAAGCAUUGUAUAUUCGUUUGCUAUAUAUAUAAUGCACACAUGCAUUAUUCUAUUUAGUUGACUUGUAAAAAAGUUUGUUUUAAUUUUUGAACAUUUUUCUUUCCUAGACGUCAAAGAGUGACGAUAAAAGCAACCUCCUUUGUUUUGGGCGUUGCAUUAAUACAACAGGGAGCUACAACUGUACAUGUUGGCCAGGAUACAUCGGUGAUGCAAAAACACCAGAUGCUUGUCGACCAAUCUCUAAUGGUUCAAAAUUUCUAGUCAUGGUAUUCACAUUAGCUGCGUGGUUCUUUAUUAACAACAUCGGCCAUCGGCCAUGUUAAAACUUAAUUACUUAGUAAAUGGUCCAAUAUAGUUAGUGUUGUGCCUAUAUAUGUAUGUGUGUGUGACGUGACUUACGCCUAGCAGUAUCUAAAUGGAAAGAUUUUUAGUUUUUCA